CGCGCCGUUUUAUCGCAGCGCACCGCACCGCACCGCAGCCCACUCGCAUCACCUCCACCUUUGCGCGAGCUUCCCUCUCGCGCACACACACACAGACACUCGCACAUCCCUCAAAAGUCGGCACGCGAACACCAUUUCAACCUCGUUCGACCCUGUUCCUAGUGUCGCACAUCACUUCGCGCGACGGCCUUCAACUCUGACUGGUGCUUGGGGGAUUCUGGGACGGACAAUCUGGAAGGAAACCCGCGCGGCUGUCUGCACUCUUCGCACCAAGCCUGCGCGCGUACUGGAUGGGUCACAUAUCUUAGUGUUUUUUUUCUUGCUCUGUCGUAAAAACCAAUGCAUGCCUGAGAGGAAAAGAGAAAAAGACAACACCCUCCUGUAUCGACAUCUAGAACCCAUACCUCCUUCAAAGGUACAUACGCCCUCGCGCUCCUGCCCAACAAAGGGAGACGCUUGACAUCUUCCCGCCCGCCACAAAAGCAACCACGCAAGCAUGUCUGGAGAGCCGGAACCGCGCCGAUCGGUGCGCGCGACCAAGGGCCAACAUACCAAGGCCUUCGACGACCAACCGAUCGAGCCCCCCAAGAAACGAGGAAGGAAGAAGAAGCAAGAGGAGGAGCCCGAGGAAGAGAUUAUUCGCUGCGUCUGCGGUGCCACGGAACAAGAUGGCGACUCGGAAGAGCCUUGGAUCGCUUGCGACAAGUGUACAGCAUGGCAGCACAACGUUUGCAUGGGCAUGAGCGUCUUUACGGAAGACCUCCCUAAGAAUUACUACUGCGAGCAAUGUGCUCCUCAGGACCACAAGGAGCUUCUGGCUGCCAUGGAACAAGGCGAGCGCCCGUGGGAAUCGCGCCGGAAGGCCUAUGAGGACGAACAGAACGAGAAGAAAAAGAAGAAGAAAAAGGGCGGCAGGAUUGGGAAGCGCGCGAGCGACCCCAAGGAGGACUUGUCGCAAGACGCGCGAAGCAACAAGGCCGAAGACUCCCCCGCUCCUUCGGAGACUAAGGAGAAGAAAGAGAAGAAGGACGGCGCCUCCAAGGCGACCACGGGAAAGCGCAAGGCACGAGACGAAACCAUUGAGAAGGACGCAAAGACACCGGCCCCCAAGCAGCGCAAAGUCUCUGUGCCCGAAGCGUCUCCCGUCGUCAGUUACACUGCACCAGCCGACCUGGAUGCUAAGGUCACGGAUCUCCAGGAGGACCGCAAGGGUCCGGCCCAGCUUCUGCAAAAGGCCAUUGCCGGCAUACUCACUGCCGCCGUCAAGGAGAAGAGUGUCGUUCUCCCAAAGGAUACUACCGUCGCGGCGAAGGCAGAGCGCCUAGCCCUCGAGAUCGAACGCGCAGUUCACGAUGCGCAUCCGGACCGGAGUCAGUAUGCGGCGCAAGCAAGGAUUUUGUACGCCAACAUGAGAAUGAACGGCGACCUAACCAAGAGACUGCUGAAGCGGACUCUUUCGCCGCCAAUGCUGGCCACCAUGACGGCCGAUGAACUAGCCACAAAGGAGAGACAGGAAGCCAAUGCUCAGCUGAAGGCCAUCUCGGAGAAGCAGUCGAUCUUGAUUACCGAUGACGGUCCUCGCGUUCGCAGAACACACAAGGGCGAAGAGAUUGUCGAGAACGAAUCAUUUCAGCAGAAUGAUGAUGGGAGAUCCUUCAUUCGGCGGCCCAGUGGCCGAGACGUGGGAGAUUCGAAUUACGAGAACCCGGUCGAGCUCUCAGCCCACUCUGGCCUGCAUAUCGAUACCCAUGGAGCUCGGCACUCGCCCAAGCAUCCUGACUUUGAUAUCAAUAAAGUGUACGCAACUGUCAAAUCCCCGACAAGCGCCCACAACCGCCGGCCUUCAGCGCCAAUCCACGGACCCGGAGUGGAUCCCGAUGUCGACAGACUCCUCCAGGAGGAGACGGACUCGCCUCCCUACUCACCAACGGAAGAGACCGAUCCGGACGUGGUUUGGCGUGGCCAUUUGGCCAUGAGCUCGAUCGCCGACUUCCCGGCGGCAGCCAGGUUCGUCGGCGGGGCCAACCUAUCAAGCACAAUUGGGUUGCCCUGGACCAGUCUGAUUCCAAGGAGGCUCGCAGUAGCAGGUCGCAUUGACGAGCAGAAGGCUAUAGAAUACCUAUGUGGCCUGCGGUACGCUGACCAGACUGAUAUUGUCGUCGUGGCGGUGUCGCCGACCAACGAAGCUUCCCGACGCGAGUUCCAGGCCCUUUUCGAUUACUUCGUCUCCAAGAAGCGAUAUGCCGUCGUCGGCGAGAAGGGUGUCGGCAAUGUGAGGGACACAUAUCUCGUACCCGUUCUUCCUGGCGAGGGUAACGUCCCUGAGUUCAUGCUCAACUUUUCCGACAACCUCGUCCCUCAGAAGAGAACAGAACCCAUGUUGCUGGCUGUCUUUGUGUACCGGAACAGUCCCAGGCAGCCUCAAUUCGGCGGUGGUGCCGUCUCGCAAUCACCCGUCAUGAAUACGCCAACUCCCACACAGGCCGGGAUCCCUUCAAGACAGCCGUCAGUCUCCGGGCCAGCGUUCUCGCCGACCGUUGCGCAAGGACCCUUCCAGCAGCCGGGCCAUCCCCCUGCCGGUAACAACGGGCACGCAUCGCAGGAGCACCCGACGCAGGGCGCGCACCAGGUUGUGCCACCGAACCAGCCUCCUGCGGGCUACGCAGCCCAUUCUAGUCCCGAGGCUGAGAAGCAACAACGUCAACAACAAGGCCAGGUCAUUGCACAGGAAGUGCUUGGUCCGUUGAUCAACAGUCCUACGGUGAAGUUCCUCUUGCCGCAAGCCUUUCAAAUGUCCCAGACGGAGUGGCAGGUCAUUCGGGGCAUUCUGGAGAGGGAUGCACGUGCACGAGAUGACUUGGCGUAUCUCAGUCAACUGUUGGAGAAGCAGCCGUCAGUUGGCGGUAAGUCUGGUGACGCACCGCCACCUGCAGCUCCUCAUGGGGCACAGGGCGUAGCGCCUUCAGCAUGAUCCGCGUACAUGCCAAGUGGCGGGAUGGGUAGUGGAAGUCGAAGUUGGUGAGUGAUGAUGCACAUAGCUUUCUAUUUGCGGCAAAUAACUGUUCAUGGGGCCCUUUUGUUUUCUUUUUUUCUCUUUCAUUUUCGUAGGUCUUGGGACUGAGAGACGGAGAUACCGCUCCCUCAUGAGUAGGGGUUUGGCCAACGCUCAAUGGGUUCUGCUUAUGGAGUUUAUUGUCUAGCUCUAUCGGAUUAAGGCACAAUAGAACAACAGUAUCAUUU